GCUCUGUACGGUGGAUGUAAACAUUGGAGCUGCCCUUUUGUUGGCACGAGCUGGCUGUCGAUUUGUGUACACGUAUUCGGCUCGAUGGGUUGUUUAGACGUGGAGCUGUUGCCUGGUGGAAUCAGCUAGCUAACUAGCAAACUCGGUCUAAAAAUAAAUCCGAAACCAGGCUAUUGAACGUGUUUAAAUUAAAUUGCGCAAGUCUGUGCUGUUGUACUUUGGCCAAUGGAAAGUUAAUGUUUAUCUCUCAGGAUUGAAAACGCGACUAGGCACGGUGGCGACUGACAAGGUUGCAGGCAAGCUGAGUUCUACUCUCUCAUGGGUGAAGAACUCCAUGUCACACACGGUUAGUCAGAUGGCUAGCCAGGUGGCCACCUCGUCUGGCCAGGUGGCAACGGUGCCCUCGUCCCUGCAGACCACCACAGCCGCCUCCUCAACAUCCCUCUCCCCGUCUCCCACCUCGGCAUCUCCCGCUAAGCUCAGCCCAGAUGAACUUGAACUGCUCGCCAAACUGGAGGAGCAGAACAGGUUGCUGGAGACGGACAGUAAGUCCCUCCGCUCUGUGAACGGCUCCAGGAGGAACAGCGUCUCCAGCCUGGUGUCCAGCUCCUCGGCCUCCUCCAAUCUGUCUCACCUGGAGGAGGAUUCCUGGAUCCUCUGGGGACGCAUCGUUAACGAGUGGGAGGACUUCCGCAAGAAGAACGAGAAGCAGCUCAAGGAUCUGGUCAGAAAAGGGAUCCCCCAUCACUUCCGAGCAAUAGUAUGGCAGUUGCUAUGCAACGCCCAGAACAUGCCUAUCAAAGACCAGUACUCUGAGCUGCUGAAAAUGACAUCACCAUGUGAGAAGCUGAUUCGCCGGGACAUCGCCCGGACGUAUCCUGAGCAUGACUUCUUUAAGGAGGACAGCUUGGGACAGGAAGUACUCUUCAAUGUUAUGAAGGCCUACUCUCUGGUGGACCGGGAGGUCGGCUACUGUCAGGGAAGUGCUUUUAUCGUCGGACUGCUUCUCAUGCAGAUGCCAGAAGAGGAGGCGUUCUGUGUGUUUGUGAAGCUGAUGCAAGACUACAGACUGAGAGAACUGUUCAAGCCCAGUAUGGCUGAACUGGGUCUCUGCAUGUAUCAGUUUGAGUAUAUGAUCCAGGAACUUCUCCCAGACCUCCAUAUCCACUUCCAGGCCCAGAGUUUCCACACCUCUAUGUAUGCCUCUUCCUGGUUCCUCACCAUCUUCCUCACCUCAUUCCCUCUCCCUGUUGCCACCAGGAUCUUUGAUAUCUUCAUGUUAGAGGGUCUGGAGAUAGUGUUCCGCGUGGGGCUGGCAAUCCUACAGAUGAAUCAGGCAGAACUCAUACAGCUUGAUAUGGAGGGAAUGUUACAGUACUUUCAGAGGGUCAUUCCCCACCAGCUGGAAAGUGGACCAGACAAGGUCAUCCUAGCUGCUUAUAAUGUCAAGUAUAACGCCAAGAAGAUGAAGAAGUUGGAAAAGGAAUACACUACAAUCAAAACUAAGGAGAUGGAGGAGCAGGUGGAGAUUAAGAGGUUGCGCACAGAGAACCGACUGCUGAAACAGAGGAUAGACACACUGGAGAAAGAAAGUGCUUCAUUGGCAGAUAGAUUGAUCCAGGGACAAGUGACACGUGCCCAGGAGGCAGAGGAGACCUACCUGGUCAUGCGGGAGCUGGCCACGGUCAGGCAGCAGAGCGAAGAGGCCACAGCUCAGCUGGAGCUAGCACAGAGCACCAUCAGGGAUCUCCAGCAGAGACCCCUAUUGAAGGGCAUCCCGCGCUACACAGAGGAGUCCAUCCUGCAGCUGGAGAGAGAGCUGGUUCAGGCCAGGCUAAAGGAGGCUGAGUCCCAGUGUGCCCUCAAGGAGAUGCAAGACAAGAUCCUGGACAUAGAGAAGAGGAACACAUCUCUGCCAGAUGACACCAACGUGGUGCGGUUGCAGGAGGAGCUGAUAGCAGUGAAGCUGAGAGAGGCUGAGGCUGUGAUGGGGCUGAAGGAGCUCAGACAACAGGUCAGAGACCUGGAGGAGCACUGGCAGCGUCACCUGGCGCGUACGGCGGGCCGCUGGAAGGACAACCCUAGGAAGAAUGCUGUGUCUGAGCUGCAGGAUGAGCUGAUGAGUGUCAGGCUACGGGAGGCUGAGGCCCAGGCAGAGCUCAGAGAGACACGUCAGAGGAUGAUGGAGCUGGAGACACAGAACCAGAUCCAUAGCAACCAACUGCGUCGGGCAGAGCAGGAGGGGCGGGGCUUUCAGGAGCGUGUGACUGUGCUUACGGCCCAGAAUAAGGGCCUACACGUUCAGCUGCAGGAGAUCAAACGCAAACAGGCAGAGAUUGAGUGCAAGAACAAGGAGGAGGUGAUGGCGGUGAGGCUGAGAGAGGCUGACAACAUCGCUGCCAUGGCCGAGCUGCAGCAACAGAUCUCUGAACUGGAGAUACAGAAAGAAGAAGGGAAGGUCCAGGGCCAGCUGAACAACACAGACUCCAGUCAGUACAUCAGAGACCUGAAGGACCAGAUAGCUGAACUCAAACAUGAGAUCCGCUGCCUAAAAGGCCAGAGGGGGAGCAGCAUGUCCAAUCAGCCCGCUUUUGAUGGGAUCCACAUUGUCAAUCACUACAUACCAGAUGAUGAGUCGUACCACUCCUCGGAUGAAGACACAGGUGUAGGCAAGACCCCCUCCCACCUGGACCAUCAGCACAGCAGCAUCAGCCGCAUCAGGCUGCACCCCUCCCUGGGUCUUGGGGACACUGACAGUGAGGGGGAUGAUGAUGGGCAUGGUCUGGUUCUCUCUGUGCCUCCCAUUGGCACCCACAAACACACCACCGUGUGACUGGGUGAUGGACACCAUCGCUAGACGCCUGGAGGCUGAUCAGGGCAGUUCUGAUCUGGUACAUUGGGACAGAGGGGUUGUCCAUGGUAGCAAGCCACUCUUCAGGAGAAUGGCGUCUGACUGUCUGUGGGACUCCAAUGUAGGGAGCUCCUUUCAAUGGCAUCUUUGGAAGCUUGGAAUGGAAUGUGUGGGCUUUGUCAACAAGUGAAGUCGUAGCAGAAUCACACCUGUGGUGGAGUUGGUUUUUUUCUUUGUCCGUUGCGUCAGUCUGCUUUACUCUUGUUUCGCCAAAACCCACCAGAAGAGGAUCAUAUCCGUGUGUUGCUCUGGUCUGGACCCCAGGCAGGCAGAUCAGAGAAGGACAACAUGGAGGUUCAAGUAGCUGCCUGUGCUCCACGAAGCUAGGCUGACCAGCAGGGGAGUGGACUGGGGUUACCCUGUCCAGGGUGACCCCACCCAGACAACCAACCUACAGGCUCUCCCUCAUCCCCACAACCAACCAUGGUACAACAGAUUCAACACACAGAGACUGUGCAAUAAAAUGUUUUAUGCUUUAUGAUGACUAUGACACUUCUUUCAAUCAGUUUUUAUUUUUUUAUCGCUUUUAUAAGUGGACAAUCAAAAAUGUAUAGAGCCCUUUUGUGUGGGUGUCUUUAUAAUAUCAGGAGAGAAUAAUGUACUGAAGAGUGAUGAAUGUCUCUAUUGAACAUGGUUAAUGAGCCCCAGUAUCAAACAGAAAGUGUCAACAAGCAUUAGGGUCGUAUUCACUAGACAGCAAACAAAGAAAAGAAGAAAAGGACCAAAAAAGGGAGGGACUAGUGUUAACAGUUUAACAGCUGAUAUGUCCCCCAUCAGGGGACUAUAUACUAAAUAGAUUUUUAGACCAAGGAGUUGGAACUGGAGCUUGCAGUUCCUCCAGGAACGGUGUACCACUUCUCGAAAAAAAAAAAUAAUAAUAAUGUUUUUGUUUCAAAACUUGCCGUUUGCAACAAUGUGCACGACCUAGGUUGACAUAAUGUUGGCUUUUUGGCCUUGAGACAUACAACCUGUUUAUCAUCAGGCCUGGUAUAGGCCUAUCCAAAGGUCAAUUUGAAUCCUGUAUACUCCGUAUUUAUGUUAUUGUUUGUUUUUCAUGUCCAUUUUGACUUGAAAAUAUGUAUCUAAUGAAUUAUUGCAUAUGUUUAAUGUAGGAUGCGGCUGAAAGGGACAUAUCACUCUAGUUUUGUCAAAAUGCACAGAUAACUGAUUAGCAGACAUUUCUUUCAGAUGUGGGCUGUGUUCCAAUUCUCCACCUUUCUCCAGAAGUGAGCACUUGUUCACGUGCCCUCAUGCAUUUAAAGGCAUUGGAUUGGCGCAAGCAAGCAUGAAGGGAGUUUUCACCAUAUUCCCUACACCAGUGCAUUUCUUUUAUAUCUAUGAGGGGGAGUGUACAAGUGCACUCUUCGGAAAAGGGGUAGAGUAUGGGAACGUAUCCACAGUCUCAAUGUUCUGUAGAUGUUUUCAUAUAUACUGCUUUUCUCUGUUGGGACGAUCUUACUUUUGGAGGAAGGGUGGAUUUAGGAUCACUUCAUAAUUUCAUAGAUUAGGAUACGUUUCAGAAUUUUGGUUAAUGGAAGCAUGUAACUACUUUAAGUAAACCAGCCCAGAUUUAGAAGUACUGCUAUAUCUAAAGUGGGAAUAUUGAUCUUUAAAUAAAUAAUAAAGGGACAUAAUGAAAGUAUAAGAACUGUAAUCUGAAUCUUGUAUCAACAUAAAUAAUGUUAAACAGAAGUAUUGCUAUGUUGUACUUUUGCACGAAAUGAAUGACUGUCCAAGCCAAUGAAACAAUACUUUUAUCUGAAAAUACUAAGAAGAUAAUUCUACAUGUCUGUCAAAUGGCAAACUAUUCCCUAUGUGUAGUGCACUGCUUUUGGUCAAAAGUAAUGCACUAUGUAGGUAAUAGCUUGCCAUUUGGCAUGCAUCAUAAGAAAUGUGCUGUUUGUUUCCUCUGUGAAUGAAGCCGAGUGUAUUGUCAAGUGUUACCAAACUGUAGGAUGGGUUGUAUAAGCCUGGUCUCAGAUCAGUUUGUGCUGUAUAGCCUAUAACUCGUUGUGAUGCCUUGGCAUGACAGAUCUGGGACAAUGAUGGCAUUUUAAACAGUAGGCUCUGCCUGCCAGAUCAAUAUGCACCACUUGGUUUCAUAAAGGUUGAUGUUGAUCCAUUAUCAGGAUUAGCAGAACACUAAAACAGACAACUUCUCUAGGUUGACAUGACCUGCGCCUUGUUUCCCAGAGCCUUCGUAGCAUUAAGAUAAUCCUUACAACCUUAUUACUAUGUAUAUUUAGUAGCCAAGGUGUUUCCCUGAGCCUGCGUUAGUAACGUGGCUCUUAAAAACCUUUGUACAUCUACGAGUGAUCCAGACUACUCGUAGAGCAGUCAAAGUGCAUCGUUAGAUGUAUUUUUGCCCUUCCGGGUCACUUUAUUCACAGAUCUCCGCUAAAAAUCUCCUAAACAUCAUGAUUCUAUUGGUCUGACUAACGGCCGAUAACUUCAGAAGGACGUUAGUUGACUACAAAUACAAAGUUGCCAAAGUAUUUGUAAUUGUUGCAAACAAAUUCAAACCGAGAUUAUUACACAUAUUAUUACAUGGACAACAAAGCCUAAUUAGGCUAUUUUAAUCUUAUUGAAAUCAAUUUCAUGUUCAAUCAGUUGAGUUCUAGUUUGCGACUAGGCUACAAUUUGUAAUGUUUGCCUCCGUGUGACAACGUGUGUAAUGAUAUGCCCAAUCUGUGAUUUCGUGCAUUAUUAUACGCAUAAUAAACCGUGUCGCCUUCGAUAGCCAUAGGUGGUGAUCUCUCUCUAUGAGCUGAUCUGUCAUCAGUAUUGUGGCAUAAUUAUGUUAAAAUAAGAUUUGAAUGGAGAAAGCUGAUCCGAGUGCAGUUUUUCUUUCUAUCCUAUCAGUCUCGACACAUGGUGUCUUUACGUGCUUGUUUUGGGAACACUUAAAGUUGGCUCGUAAAUAACGAUGCAUUCGGUACAAUCAUCGUAAUGCUUAAAUUACAUCGCAACUUGGAAAUGAGGCCCACAACAAUGGACAUCUUAUAAUUGAUAGAUUUUUAAACGUUUUUUAAAGCAGUGGCACUUUAAGACAUUAGAACCAAAAACCUAUCAGCCAAGUCUCGGCAAAAUAUUUAUAUCCAGAACGCACGGACUCAUUGUUCAGAAGAGGUUUUGUGAUACUGAUGUGAUAUUCCUUGGUUGGUUGAGGACAACGAUGGAUGGAAUAUUUGGAAAGGCAUCAUGACGCAGUUUUGGCACUUUCAGAGAAAGACAAUAUAAUGCAGUAAAGAGAAGUCUACAUGGAGUAAUAACACUAUGGAAUAAUCAUUACCACACUCUGAAAAAAUGUAUGUGAAAUGAAUGUGUUUGAGUUCACAAAUAAACUAUUUGAUAAACAUUU